AUGGCCGAGCGUGGCUUCGAGUUCCGCCGCAACCUCGAGCAGCUCGUGCACGAUGGCGUGCUGGCGCCACGGCGUGCUGCACAGCGCUCCCGCUUCCGCUCGGGCGUACCGGUCUCGAGCGCUGAGCCAGCAGACGUGCAGCUGCAGCAGCGCACGAAGAAGAAGCUGGCUCGGGCGCUGAGCGCUCUACGCGAGGACUACGGGGCGUCGCUGGAGCUGAGUCGUGAGGCGCUGGGUUACGCUAACACGCUGGAGGACGCACUGCGCUUCCUGGCACUGCAGUGCACAAGUGACGAACUCCCGCCGACGCUGCGUGCGCAACCCACGGAGCUGCUUGGCGCGAAGGACGCGGAUGGAGACAGCGGCGAGCUGCUGGCGGAGGAGCCGAGCAGAGGUGACGCCAAGCAGACGGAGGCGCUGUCGUGGACGCAGCAGUACGUGCUGAGCAUGGCAGCGCGGGAAGAGGAGCAGGCGCGGCGUGAGGCGGAGGUGACGCCCGAGGCGCGCGAGCUGGAGGAGCUAGAGAAGCGCUACCAUGAGCUGGUGGCGGCACUGAAUCGCCUCAAGGAGCGGAAGAGCAAGAAGAAGGCCAAGAGCGGGGACAAGCAGAAGACGCGUGAGUUGAACGAACAGAUGCAGGACACAAGGCAAGACGACGAGGGUGGCUUAUUCGGUCUCUUGGAGGAGGCUGAGGCGACGGUCGUAAGCGCUGACGAAAUCAAGAAGAGUGCUGCAGUCGACACAGCGGCUAUCAUCGCCGCCCAAGCCGCAGCAGAUCUCGCGGCGUCAAAGGGGAAGAAGGGCAAAGGAGGGAAGAAAAAGAAAGGUCGCAAUAUGCUCAAGGUCCAGGCAGCGGCAGCUCAAGCUGCUCAGGCGCAAGCUACUGCUGCUGCUCCCUGGACGGGCAAGUCGCCGCGCGAUCACCUGGAGCAGCACUGCCGUAAGAAUGGUUUGCAGAAGCCGCAGUACAAGAAGUUGCCUCGCCCCGCAGGCGGAGGACACCUAUACUCGGUUGUCCUCGCCAACAAAACUCGUGGCAAGCAAGACGUCACCGUUCGAGAUGCCAGUGACGCCGCGCGGGGGUUUGACUCGAUUUCAGACGCAAAGGACGCCGUUGCUACCAGCGCGUUGUUUGAGCUAGCGUCAGACCUGCCGCUCUAUCGAGUAUUACCGCCGGUGUACCGCGAUAUGUGGCAGCGAUGGAUUGCAGAGAGGCAACAAACUGAGGCAGCAGCCGCGGCUGCUGAUCGAGAUGAGCAAGACGAACUCCUGAACGAGAUUUUCAAUACGCUUCCCGCGGAGAUUGCUGAAAAGCGAGCUGAUGCUGGGAAUGUUUUAGAAGACUGGAGUGUGGACGACUGGGAUGCCGAUUUGUCCGAUGACGACGAAGCGAAAGCUGAAGAGGCAAAUGCAGUCGAGGAAGAGAGCGAGAGUGCCAGGGCCGCCGCAUUGGAGCUGUCUCGCCAGCUACGAGAACAACUCCAGAAGCAGAUGCGCUCUAGCGCGUACAAGUCGAAGCUCUCACAGCGUGAGUCUCUGCCGAUUGCAUCGUUCAAGAAGCAAGUUGUUGAAAUGCUGUCUGACCACGACGUCAUAUUGAUAUCUGGCGAGACCGGCUGUGGCAAGAGUACGCAAGUGCCGCAGUUUUUACUGGAAGAUCUAUUGCUUUCGGAAUCCGGAGGGGCUCGAGGGCAGAUUGUUUGCACGCAGCCUCGGCGACUAGCUGCUAUCAGCCUGGCUGAACGAGUCUCCGAGGAGCUCGGCGAAUCCAAUAUGGGCACAGGCGACUCGCUGACAGGCUUUCAAAUCCGCCUCGAAACACGGAUGACACGCCGCACGCGUCUGCUCUUCUGCACAACUGGUAUCCUACUGCGCAAGUUGCAGGACCCCCACACCCUCGGUGAGGAAGUGAGCCACGUGAUCGUGGAUGAAGUCCAUGAACGCGACCUCCAGAGCGAUGUACUUUUGGCCAUGCUGCGCCAAUUCCUGGCCGAGGGCAACGCGGCACGACGCCGGAAAUUUGGAGGCACGUUGCCGCCGCUCAAGGUGAUCCUUAUGAGUGCCACGCUUAAUGCCGCAAGCUUCCAGCAGUACUUUGGAGGUGCUGCCGUGUGCCCAAUGAUUGAAGUUCCUGGUCGCACGUUCCCUGUGGAGCAGUUCUACCUCGAGGAUGUUCUUGAGAAGACCAACUUUGUUGUGGACGAAGAGUCCCCCGCUUACGUGCCAGUGGAUGAAAGUGGAUCCGACAGGAACUCGACGCAGGUCACCAUCUCAGGCCGCGGAGGCACAUCCUACUCGCAGCAAGUUUCUUGGACAUCAUCUUCGGGCAAGUCCUCCUCCAAGGCAACGGUAACUGAGACACAGCGUAUGCUGAAAGAGACGUACAGUGAGUCGACCCUGCAAACCUUGGAGCGCAUGGACCCGUCUGUUGUCAACUACGAGCUCAUCCAAGCGCUUUUGGAGCAUAUUACCACGGAGACGGAUAUGCUGUCGUUAUCGAAGAAGAGUGAUCAGAGGAGGAGUGCUUCGGUGCUUGUAUUCCUUCCAGGCCUUCAAGAGAUCACUACACUACUGGACAUACUUGCAGGUAGCCGUUUACUGCGCCAUGACCCUCAAGGCCGUGAGUUCGAGCUGCUGCCACUGCAUUCCUCGCUGUCGGCGCAGGAGCAGCAACGCAUCUUCCGGCAGCGUCCUGGUGUCAUUCGGAUUAUCGCCGCGACCAACAUUGCCGAGACGUCUCUGACAAUCGACGACGUCAAGGUCGUGAUUGAUUCUGGACGUGUCAAGCAAAUGAGUCAUGAUGCUCAACGCCGCACCAAUGUGCUCGAAGAAAUCUGGGUCGCGCGUGCCAAUGCCAAGCAGCGUGCUGGUCGUGCAGGUCGUACAAGUGGGGGCUCAUGCUUCCGCCUGUUCCCGCAGUCUGUUUUCCGUUCGGUCAUGCUCGAGCAGCCAGUGCCUGAAAUCCGGCGUGCUCCUCUGACGUCGCUGUGUCUGCAGAUCAAGACCUUCGGUGUUGGUGGCAAUGAGGAGAAGGACGGAUGUGGAGAGUUUCUUCGUGCUUGCUUAGACCCUCCGGAUGAUGUUAGUAUUCGCGAUGCGCUGGAGGAGCUUUUCGAAAUUGGGGCGCUAAAACGUGAGGACGAGUCGCUCACCAAACUGGGUGCGCACUUGGCUCGACUGCCUGUGGACGUGAAGGUAGGCAAGCUGCUUCUUCUUGGAGCACUGUUCGGGGUGUUCGAUGCCGCAAGUACCUGUGCCGCCGUGCUGGAGACGAAGUCGCCUUUCGUGGCACCUUUCGGUCGCCAGAGUGAGAUGAAGCAGGCUCGCCAAACCUUCGCCAUCGGUGCUAGUGAUUUGCUCACAGACGUGAACGCCUUCGAAGCUUGGCGCUACGUUGUGCAGCACGGCAAAGAAAACGGUAUCAACGAGAAGAACUUCUGCCACCAGAACUUCUUGAGCCACCGAGGGCUGCGUGAGUUGAGCAAGCUCAAGCGCCAGUUCCGAGGGCUUGUGACGCAACUUGGAUUCCUGCCACCGACUGCGUCCGAAGUUGACGAGCGAAUGACAGUCCAGCAGUUGGCGACGAUAUCUGCAGUGCUCUACGCUGGACUGGCCCCGAACCUGGUGCAUGCUGAGCCGCCGUCGGGGAACGGCCCCAAGCGCGCAGUCCUUCGCGAGCGUGAUCACAGCAUUGUCGUGGUGCAUCCGGGAUCGAUCAACUACAAGGUGGCAAGCUUCCGUGCGAGCAAUUUCCUCACGUACGCGGUGAAGCUGCACACGUCGCAGGUGUACCUCCCAUCCUCCAGUCUCGUGCUUCCCUUGGCUGUGUGUCUCUUCAGCCACGCGCUAGAGCCACUGCCGCAGCUACGACGCAAGGACAAGGAUGGCAACGAAGCCAUUGGCCUGCGCGUGAACGAUUGGGUCGUCUUCCAGUCCUCGUACCGGUCUGCAGCCCUACUGCAGGAAAUGCGCGAUGCGGUGCUCGAGGUCAUCGACUCGAGUCUCCAGACGCCGCCCUUCGCCCGCGGUGGGAAUGCUGAGUCGAAAACGCAACAAACUGAGCGCGAGUCCCUUGUUGAUGUGCUGCGCACGCUCUUCCUUGCCGAGUACGAGGAGCGUGACCCACACAAGCAGCUAUCGGGACAGCUAUGCGCUGGCAAAAAGAAGCAUUAA